UCUUCAACCAACUGGUUCGGAUUGGAAGCUGGCAUCGUAGCCUGGGAAGUAGUUCAGAGAGGCAUGGAUUCCUUGAUGGAACAUAUAAAGAACAAGAUACCUGAAGGUUCGGGUAAGUUUCGGGCGCCUAUUCGGAAGCUCAGUUAACCGGCCGGCAAAUAUUUAACCGGCAGUGGCAAUCGAUCGUGUCGCGACCGAAAACCAGGAGCGUGUAUAAUUAAAAACAUUUCUCUCUCUUUCUGCGUUCACGAGCAUCCCAGAACCGCUGCUAAAGGCUGAAGAAUCCAAAAUUGCAAUGGUUGAACUCCCUCCUCUGCGCAAUGACCUCCUGCUACGGGCAGCUAGAGGAGAAAAGACGGAAAGAGCUCCGGUCUGGAUUAUGAGGCAGGCUGGAAGAUAUUUACCAGAAUUUCGUGCGCUCCGUGCUAAUCAUGAAUUCUUCGAAAUCUGCCGUACUCCUGAACUCGCGACCGAAAUAACACUUCAGCCUAUCCGGCGGUAUUCUGGUCUAAUCGACGCUUCGAUUAUCUUCAGCGACAUCCUCGUAAUUCCUCAGGCUAUGGGAAUGGAGGUUCUGAUGAAUCCUGGUCCAUCGUUCCCAGAUCCAUUGAACAUACCGGCCGAUGUAGCCAAGCUGAGACAAAAUGUCGACGUGGAGAAGGAGCUAGGGUAUGUUUUCAAGGCCAUUACGCAGACCAGGAUAGAAUUAAAAGGCGAGGUCCCAUUGAUUGGCUUCUGUGGUGCUCCUUGGACGCUCUUUGCAUACAUGAUCGAAGGUGGAGGAUCAAAAACAUUCACCAAAGCCAAAACUUGGCUAUUCAAGUAUCCUAAAGAGUCGGAAGCACUACUUAUCCAAAUAGCGGACGUAUGCGUCGACUUCCUGGUAGGUCAAGUAAAAGCAGGGGCUCAGUUGCUCCAAGUAUUCGACUCUUGGGCAGGAGAGCUCUCUCCGCACGACUUUGCCCUUUUCUCUCUUCCCACUCUGAGACAUAUCUCAAAGGGUGUUCGCGAAAAACUUGCGAAUCAAAAUAUUCCUCAAGUUCCCAUGACCCUUUUCGCCAAGGGAGCGAAUUACGCACUGGGUGAGCUCGCCCAGGAUUCCGGCUAUGACGUUUUGGGAUUGGAUUGGUGUAUCGAACCCUCAGUCGCUCGAAGAACUGUCAACGGUAAAGUUGCACUACAAGGCAAUAUGGAUCCGAAUGUGCUGUACGGAGGCAGGGAAGCCAUCGAAAGUGCUGUGAAACGGAUGUGUAAGGAAUUCCAAGACGGUAAUAAUGGUGGAGUCAGUGCAUGGAUUGCGAAUCUAGGUCAUGGUAUAACACCUGGUGUUGACCCAGAGGAUGUAAGAUGGUACUUUGAGUGUAUACACAAAUAUUCUGCAAGUAAACAGUAA